AUGUCCAAGAUCGUGCGUUCCAUAAAAAACGUGGCCAACGGGUACCUGUCUGCCCAGAUAUUGGUGCGUAAUGCCACUUCCAAUGAUCCUUCCGGGCCCACUACAUAUGAAAUGGAGGAGAUAGCAGCUGCCACUUACAACAACCAGACAGAAUUUUUGGAGAUUAUGGAUAUGCUUGAUCGCCGUUUAAAUGACAAAGGAAAAAACUGGCGCCAUGUUGCCAAAUCGUUGACUGUAUUGGACUACUUGGUGCGGUUUGGUUCCACCAAAUGCGUCCUUUGGUCCAAGGACAACUUGUAUAUCAUCAAGACUUUGCGUGAAUUUGUUCAUUUUGACGACGCGAAUAAUGAUCAGGGUGCAAUAAUCAGGGUUAAAGCUAAAGAAUUAGUUGCGCUUUUGCGUGAUGAUGAACGUCUUGCUCGAGAGAGAGAAAAUGCUAGGGCUGGCGGACGUAGAAGAGAAGGAGGAAGAAGAAGACCCGAGCCUGCUAGCGACGAUCCCUAUGAUUCUGAUUUACAAAGAGCACUUGAACUCUCACGUGAAACUGCUGAAGAGGAACAAGGAAGACAAGCAAGAAAUGCCGAUGCUGACGAUCCAGAGCUUCAGGCAGCUUUGAAGCUAUCACUCGAAGAAGAGGAGAUGCGUAAGCUUAAAAAUCAACAAAACGAAAACCUUUUGGAUUUGAAUGACAAUAACCAAGGGCAAUUUGCACAACCCCAGUACUACUAUCAAACGGGACAGUUCCAGCCACAGUUUACUCAGCCUUAUCAAUUUUAUCAGCCGGUUCAGCAGCAGCAGCAAUAUGAUAUAUUUGGUAACCCUAUUCAAGCAAUGGCUUCAGGAUAUUACGCCCCACAACAGCUGGUUCAGCCUCAGGCUCAACCACAGAUUCCUCAAUUCACUGGCUUCACAAAUCCCGCUCCUGCAAACAACCAGGAAGAAUUAAAACCGCUUAAAACAGGCUCAAACAACCCUUUUGCUCUCCAUGACUCCCUGUCCCAACAACAGUCGCAACCUCAGACGCCUUCUUUGAACCAAAUGUCCCAAAAUCAACAACCCUCCUAUUUUACUCAGCCUGUAUCUCAGCCUCAAAACAAGCUCAAGCAGCAAACAACAUCGUCUUCCAGAUUUAAUGAAACACAUGAGCUCAACAAUCUUUUGGCCUCGGGCACUGGCGUUGAUACAUUCGGAAAUACAGGUGCCACCAGAAUACCACACCAGCAUACCAAGACAGGAACUUUUAUCAACUCGAGUGGAACGGGCUAUAAGCAACAACAAAAUGACGUUCGCUUAAGUUCAAACGCCACAGGGAAUCCAUUCUUGAAUACUGGUAUCGGCGCUACAGGCCAGAAUGGGCCUCAAUAUCAAGCUCAAAACGGACAACUGGCUUCAAGAAUCGAUCCCGCUCCCACUGGAUUUGGGUUUGGCAAUUCCAAAGAAGGUGAGCCUAGUUUGAUUGACAUCUGA